CAUUCGAGUAAGAACGUAGGAAUUAUCACAAAAGUACAGAUUAUUUGACGUUCUGUUUGUUGUUUUUUUAUUUUAUUUUGUUAGUAUCGUACAAAACUUUGUGAGCACAUGGUGUGUGCUUUUUUUUAAAUAAAUAUAAAUUUUCAUUUUCAUUUGAAUUAAUUUUAUCGACAACCGAACCGAAACCGAGUGUAAAAUUUUCAUCAUAGAGAAAAGAUUUUGUCAAUUCCACUCGAUUUUUCAGUUUACGAUCAACCGUGAGUGCGAAUGUUAGUGUUACCAAAAUCUUUCCUAAGAAGACCGGUCUUCUUAGCCAGUUCAUUUAAUGCUGCUACGACCAAAAGUAUCCGCGAAACUACAGAAUGGUGCCGCGGUCGCCGCCGCCGACAAACCAUGACAGGGCAAAAUGUACGUGUUGUACAACCCGAAUCACAGAUGCGGGGCUUGGGCUUACGUCAGCAAGGUAGCAUUUUGGCGCUAGUCUAUAACCAGAACUCUGUAAUGUUUGACUACCUAUAUUUUUACCUAUCAAAUCUUCCGAGAUGGCAUGUGGUAACAUUCGCUGGUUUUGCGUAUGUGGUAUAUUAUUUCAUUCAGGUUGUAAAGAGGCCAAUUUUAGCAGUAUCAAAUGGACCCUUUAAAGAUUUUCUUCUUAAAAACGUUCCCACAUUGGAAAUGAAAUUUUGGCCGACGUUUUGGUGUGUAGAAAGUCGGGCCCAAACAGUCUUCGCCAGUAUAAUACGUGCUACAAAUUUAGCAAAUAUCGAAUAUAGAAGAGAGAUAUUAGGCUUAAAAGAUGGAGGUGAAGUAGCUUUAGACUGGUUAGAAAAAGGUUGUGAUGAAAAUUCUCCUGUGAUAAUUAUUUUGCCUGGUUUAACAGGUGAAUCUCAAGCUGAUUAUAUUAAAUGCCUUGUGACAGCUGCUAAUAAUGAAGGCAUCAGAGUUGUGGUUUUUAAUAAUCGAGGCUUGGGUGGUGUUGAGUUGAAAACACCACGUUUGUAUUGUGCAGCAAAUUGUGAAGAUUUGUCUGAAGUUGUUGACCAUGUCAAAAAAUCACAUCCCGAUGUUAAAUUGGGAGCCACUGGAAUUUCAAUGGGUGGAUUGAUAUUGGGAAACUACUUAGCUAAACAUAGUGAACAAUCAAAUAAAAUACUGACGGCAGCAAAGAUUAUUUCAGUCCCUUGGGAUGUAGUAAAAGGUUGUGCAAGUAUUGAAAAGCCAAUACUAAAUAGCCUUUUAGGGCGGCAUCUUGCAUCAAGUCUUUGUAAGACUUUAAGUAAUUGUCAAAUUUUCCGUGAUACUGAUGUUGAUAUUGAUAAGAUUAUGUCGGCCCGUACAAUUAAAGAGUUUGAUAGUAUGUUUACUUCAAAACAAUUUGGAUACGCUCAUGUUGAUGACUAUUAUAGUGAUGCAACUUUGCACAAUAAACUACAUAAGAUUUCUGUGCCUUUGCUUUGUUUGAGUGCGGCGGAUGAUCCAUUCCAACCAUUAGAUGCUAUUCCAAUUAAAGCAGCUGAACAGUCAACCCAUGUUGCUAUAGUUGUAACUGCUCGUGGUGGUCAUAUUGGAUUUUUGGAAGGUUGGUGGCCAUCAACAAAGGAUCAAUAUAUGGGCCGAUUAUUUAGUGAGUUCUUUUCCAAAGCAUUAUUUGAUGUGGACGGUGAAUUCAAUCGAAUUUCACAAAAUCUUAUUCAAAAUUAUAACACACGACAAAUGCUGCCGGAAGCAACUGCAUCUAAAUAUAAGCUAAUUGAACCUGAAAUCAAGUCCUUAGAAAAGUAAAAAGAAAAAGAAAAGAAAAAAAA